AUGACGAUAUUGCGUUAUCACAAGCACCUUUUCGUACAUCUCGGAGGACCGCCGCCGACGUAUUCAGACCCCUUGCUUGAGUCGAUCGAUAUCAAGCAAGUCUGCGACAAAUUCCCCGACAAGAAGGGCGGCUUAAGAGAGCUCUAUGAGAAAGGCCCGCAAGAUGCAUUUUUCCUCGUCAAGUUCUGGGGUGAUCUCAACUACACAACGAAUGGGCAGCCCGAGGAACCCGGGAACUUUUACGGCGUUACCUCCAUCUACGAAAGUCCGGUAAAUAUGACGAUUCAGUGUUCGACAAAAGCAUGCUCGUUUGGCAAGCAAAUCGUGGAGAAGGUGGAGACGGAAUACGCAAAGUACGAGAACGGACGAUUCGUGUACCGCAUCAACCGGUCUCGAAUGUGCGAGUACAUGAUGAACUUCAUCCACAAAUUGAAGCACCUACCGGAAACUUAUAUGAAGAAUUCCGUCCUCGAGAACUUCACCAUCCUCCAGGUGGUUACAAAUCGAGACACCGAUGAAACGCUGCUGUGCAUUGCUUACGUUUUUGAAGUGUCGACAUCGGAACACGGAGCACAGAACCACAUUUACCGACUGGUUCAAGUCUGAGAUGCUUUCAAGAUUUUUUUUUGCUUGGAAAAGAUGAUUUAAUGCUGAGGUUUUUGUUACUCGUUGUUCGCUUGGCGAUGGACCUUGUUGUGGAAGGAGCAGUUGGCGAGGAUGAACUGACCUUGUGUGCUUCGGCGGAAAAAAGAAAAAAAGAAGCUUCUUUGAGCGAUGAACGUAACAUUUUUGCCGUCUGGAUUUUUUUGUUUUUCUUGAAAUCACCAGACGAAAUCCGGGCAGGUAAUCGUUCCCUCGUUGACAAGCGCUCCGCUGUGUUUUUUUUUUCGAGAAGAAUUUAUCCCGAGUGAAGGCGAGAGGAUUUUAUUGUUGCUUGCUUGUAAGAAGCCGUUCCGAAUCUUCUUUUUUAUGAUUUCCUUCCCUAAUUUGUUCGAUAUUCGGCGUUGUCCCUCACCUCCGAAAUUGCGUGUGCAUGGUAGGCCCGAGGUUUUGAUCUCCCGUGUUUUUAUUCAAGUUUUUUCCGUGGGGGAUGGAACGUCAAAAGUUCGAGGUUCGGAAGAAAUUUUUUCGUAUGAACGCGGGGUGUUUUUUGUUUUGUUUUUUGUUUCUUGAGUGGCCCCGAAACGAAAAGAUAGAAGAAAAACGGGCCAUUGGGUUGGAAACGCGGACAAAAUUUUUUUUGGUGGUGGUGGACAUGAUCUCUCCGAGUGUGGAGGGGCUUCUGGGGUUCCGAAGUCCCGUGGGAUCAGCAGUGGGCUGCAGGGUUGCAACGCGCGACGGAUUGUGUGUCGAGAGCCCACACUGGAACCCCCACCCGAUAGCAUUAAAAAACCGUCGUCGUCGUUGUCGUACUUCCGAGAUCCUCCCCCCGAUACAAAAAAAAAGAAACGUUUUUUUCUUCUCAAAGAGUUCAAAACAUGUGAUACAUGCCAUUACACGGAAAGAAUUUUUUGACAUUGAGUAGGUAGUUCUUUACAUGAAAGAGACGAGGGUAAUUUAUUUUUCUUCGACGAGAUGUCGGUUCUUUCUUACUUCAGCUGCUGCUUCUCCUUCUUCCCCUACCCUGAGUAAGUUCUCUCUAGAUUGCCGUAACUUUUGUUGCGUUGUUCUUGUCAGUGUGCCGAUGAUCGGGAGGUGUUUUCUACUUUUUUGCGCCGUAGUGGAUUAGGAGAAAAAUGCCAAGAUUUUUUGGGGACUGAUGAGUGGGUAUCAGUGAACCAAAGGAGAAAACGUGCCUUGAAAUCAAAGAGUCGCUGGAACGCGUUAUUCAAUGUGGGGUUUUUUUCUUGAGUCUGUAAAACGCAUAAAAAUCGGGUUCACUCUGAUUUCCUUUCGUCCUAUUUUUACUCUGCGCAAAAAUACCGUAUUAACGCGAUUAUAGACCGCAAUGUCAAGGGGUGUGGCAUAUUAUAUUUGAGGUCAAGUGGAGGGCAAUGCGUUAAGUUGUUGGAAAAUCCUUCCAUGAGAGAACCAAGCAGGAAAUUUUCCCUGGAUGAUUGUUGAUUUCUCUCUGCAUUGCAUGAAUUUUCUGCCAAGCUCAUGCAAUCUCUGCAAAACUCUGAUUUUUGCAAUAGUUCGCCGGUUCAAUGCUGUUGCUGGUUUAGAGGUUUGUAUCGGGCUCGUUUUCAUUUCCAAAAUCUCGCGUUUUCAUGUUGUCCGUACAGAUAAUCACAGCUCAAAACCAGUCUGCGGCCUAUAAUCACGUGAAGUAGGGUUCAACUGUCUUGAUUAUGCAAUUUUCAUCGCAAAAAAAUACACAGGUAGAGAGAUAGGGAGAGAUGGAAAAAACUGAAAAGCUUUCGCGAAGAGGAAUCGAUCUCAGUCCUCAGCAUGAGCAAACGUGGGUUAUUAUGUAUGUGGAACUACUUCGUGGCGGGGUGCCCAUUCAGCCUUUUCUCCGUUGUUUCCGAUGAUAGCAUCAUCAUUAUUUUAUUUUUAAAAGAACACGAUCUGGGAGUUUUCUUCAGUGAGGGGUUUUUAUUUUUUUGCGGAAAGAUGAUUUUUUCGAUGCAGGCGAUGGGCGGCAUUAAACUUUACACCUACUUUGGUUUUUUGGAAACUUGUCGGUUGCGUUCAGGCGAGAGCGUGCGGUACUUUCAGUUUUUGAGCAAAUGAAUGGGUCGUCUUUUUGCCAUGUGCCUUACCGAGAUUUUAUCGUAUAACAGUGUGUUUUGCUGUGCUGUCGGGUUUCCCCCUCUCUUUCUUUGCGAACACCCCCGAGAUUUGCUGCAUGGUCAUCGUCGGUCGAGAUGUGGAUGGAAUUGAUCUCAGUGGGGGUUGCGGACUGGCUGUCUUGCAAGAGGAACCCGGGGAACGUUGGCGGGGAAAGUGAAAAAGGGGGUUGAUGACCGUGCCUGUGUCCAGCUGUCGACUUCGGUGUACGCUUUGCACCUGUUUGCUACCCGCUGCUCUCAAAAAUUUUAGUUGAGUUGGGAAAUGAAAAAAUGAAUGAAACCGUGGGCUUCGCCUGUGCCCCUUCUUCCUGCUCUUCGUGUCCGUGUGCCUGUCAUAUGAAGCAUAAUUUGAUCUUGAAGUUGAAGCAAGAUUUCAAGUGAAGAAAUUUUGUACAGUGUCAAGAAGUAUUAUUUGAAUAAAAUGGAGAGAAAAUCAAA